AUGAUCAACUCGCCGUCAAUCAUAUCAAGCGAGUCAACUUCGUUACCCUCAGCGUCGAUCAGAACUUUCAACUUUCGGCCAAGUACCAUCUCCGCAGAGAUCCCACUUAUCGAGGAGGGUCCUGCGGUCCUUGAGUAUAUCGGCUUUGACGCCCCGACGUCAAACGAAAUCUACCAGCGCUAUGCCGCACGGCCGUGGCCCGAUGAUUGCCCCGACUCACUCCUUGACUACGCUUAUGGGCAAGUCAACCAGUUGAAUUCAACAAGAUACGCGACUCUCCCCAUCGAGGAGGCCAUGAGACGAGUUGGGAUCAACGCUCAAUUCGAACCGCCAUUGCCGAUCCAAACUUUACCGACCUUCUCUACACUCAAGAUCUCGUUUUUUGGUCGCCGGGACCCUUUGAAAAGGCAUGCCCAUCAAACCGCACACAGAGAAAAGAAACGAGUCAGCUUGGAAGGCGUUUUCAACCCACAGACCGUAGCCACUGUCACGGCUGCCAUCAACAUGACCACGAAAGACUUCAACCUCCCUGCGGCGCAUGUGGCCAUGUGUGAGGGCGAUCCUCCUGCGCUCCCCAAUCAUGUUGUGCUGUAUAAUGGAAAGGCUUUUGCAGAACUUCAAACCACCCGAAGCAUCAUUCGCGACGAUGGAAGCGUGGACAUGAUACCACUCCGGUCUUCGGUUGGUGGCGAUUUCAAUGCCACAGAGCUUGCCUAUUACUGGACCCCGGAGAAAGACAUCGCGGAGCGUUAUCGUACCUGGGCAGCUCUUCGAAACCCGAGCAACGACACAUGUAUUCUGCAAAUCCAAGUUUCCCGUACCUUUUUGGACAACAUGGCAUCCGAGGAGAUUUGGUUUUCCGACUAUAGGGACCAUUGGAAGGAGUUUGUGUGGUGUUGCCGGAUGACGGAAGAACCACCCAGACACUUGGAGUAUUUACUCAACGCAGAAUUGAUACGCGGCCAUAUAUGCACUGGUCAUACUAAUGCCAUAUUUCCCCUGCAACGGGUUGAGAAUAUUUCGAGAGAUAACCUUCUCCGAUGCCGUUCUACUGGCCUGCCGGCUAGCCAGUGGGUGUUUAAGCUAAGCACAGGCAGCCGGUUGGCAACUGAAAUUCGAGGAAAGGUUCACUUCAACAUUUUUGCCGCAAUCAAGUGA